AUGGUUGUGCACACACCUACAAAAGACGAUUCAUUGGAUGAAGAAAUAGUACCACAAAAUCAAAUCCCCAAGUGGCGACCAAAUCAAGGUGGAGUACGAGGGAGACAACAGGUUGUGAUGGUGGGUCGACAACAGGAUGCAGAUCAAUUUGUUGAGCAAUAUCAACAAGAAGAAGUAGCCAUGGAGAAUAACCUUACUACAAUGAUCGAAAGGAUUAUGGCUAGAAAUAGAAUGAAUACUCCAUUACAAAGGCCGACAUAUUCUUCCCCGUUAGCUGAAUACAUUGUACAGAAAGAGAAUCCUAGGGGCUGGAAAAUACCUAAGUACACCAAGUUCGGAGGUAAAACUGGGGAAUCGACAGUCGAGCAUAUUGCUAGAUAUCUGACUGAAUCAGGGGACAUGGCGAAUAACGAAAGCCUCAGAGUUAAGCAUUUUCCAUUGUCUCUUACAAAGGAAGCGUUCACUUGGUUUACUACAUUACCCCCCAACUCUGUCGAUUCAUGGACAAAAUUGGAAAAGCUUUUCCAUGAGCAGUUUUACGAAGGCCAUUUGAAAAUCAGUCUGGUCGAAAUGUCGAGCAUCAAAAGGAGGUUCACAGAGACCAUCGACGACUAUCUGAAUAGGUUUAGGUCAUUUAAAGCAAAAUGUUUCAUGCAGGUGCCUGAACAUGAACUGGUUCAGAUGGCGGCAGGAGGGUUAGAUUAUUCCAUUAGGAAGAAAAUAGACCCAACUUUUGUCAAAAGUAUGUCGCAGUUAGCUGAUAGGGUUCGACACCUUGAACGCUUAAGACUAGAAAAAUUCAGGCAUACCAAGGCAAAAGCUAAAAAGGAAAAGGUAGCUUACGUCGAUUAUGAUGAUACAGACCCCAUAUAUGAAGCUGACUACAUCUCAUCGACAGAGGCAGAGAUUGAUCUGGCCGAAAUGAAACCAGGGCCAGCAUACGAAUGUAAAUCAUUGUUUCCGUCGAAAGGAAAAAAUGUCUCUGUUGAUAACAAUUCGAAAUUCCCUGCUAAAACUUACACUUUUGAUAUUAGUAAAUGCGAGGAAAUUUUCGAUGUAUUAGUUAAAGAUGGCCAGAUUUUAGUACCCCCAAAUACUAAACUACCACCAUUAGAACAUCGACAAAAAAAAGAAGAGGCUUUGUUUGCUGACCCUGUCGAUAUCAACAUGGUGGAACUGAUUGAGAUACCUGAUGACAUGCUGGAAGAAAGCACCGGCGAAACUCCCCAAGUUCGACUUGCUGAUAUGUACCCCAAACAUGAUGAAGAUUUGUUGGAUUUCCUUUUCGAUGCAGGAAUCAGGAUUCCCAAGUGGGGUUGUGCUCCAGAUGCAGUGCUUUGA